GUCAACACCCAGAACCUAAAAGCUAGCUGUCUCCACUCUCCUCUCGUCUCUCUCACUCUCACACACAGAGAGCAAACCAGACACACAGACCGACAUUCAUUCAUAGUACCACCAGAGAGAGAAAUCACAACGUUGCUUUCAUGGAUCCGUGUCCCUUUGUUCGGGUCAUGGUCGACUCGCUAGCCCUCAAGCUUCCACACGCCACCAAGCCUGCCCGUUCCGGUGUCCACUCCUCCACCACUCCCUGCUUCUGCGAGAUGAAGAUCAAGAACUUCCCUCCCCAAACCGCCCUUCUCAGUCUCUCUACUUCUACUAACGACUCCCCUCCCGACUCCUCCACCACCUCAGCGCAUGGGUUCAACCUGGACCCGACCGCGCUGAGGCGGCUGUCGGGAAAGCCCAUCACGCUCCGUGUCUCUGUGUACACGGGGCGGAUGGGCAGCACGUGUGGAGUCACCAGCGGGAAGCUGCUGGGCCGCGUCAACCUCAGCAUUGACCUCGAUGCGGCAAAGACCAGCCCGCGGAUGAUACACAACGGGUGGAUGAAGCUCGGGAAGCACAGCGACAAGCCAUCAGCGCGGCUGCACAUGGUGGUGCGGGCUGAACCGGAUCCCCGGUUUGUUUUCCAGUUCGGUGGCGAACCGGAGUGUAGUCCGGUGAUUUUUCAGAUUCAGGGCCGGGAUAUACAGCAGCCCGUUUUCAGCUGCAAGUUCAGUGCCGACCGUAACUCCAGAUUCCGAUCUCUGCCACCAGAUUUCACCAGCAAAAAUAAUAGAGGAUGGAGGAGAACCUUUUCAGGUGAGAGAGAGAGGCCAGGAAGGGAGAGAAAGGGUUGGAUGAUAACGAUUCAUGAUCUAUCCGGCUCACCAGUGGCGGCUGCCUCCAUGAUCACACCCUUUGUACCUUCCCCGGGGUCUGACAGGGUCUCCAGGUCGAACCCGGGUGCUUGGCUUAUCCUCCGACCCCAUGGCUUCUCCGUUAACAACUGGAAGCCAUGGGGCCGUUUGGAGGCUUGGCGCGAGAGAGGCCCUGUUGAUGGCUUGGGCUACAAGUUUGAGCUUGUCACUGACAAUGGUCCUAGUAGCAGCAUUACCAUCGCGGAAGCUACAUUGAGCAUGAAAAAGGGCGGGGAGUUUUGCAUCGACAGUCGGCUAUUGAGAGAUCAAGGUUUGAAUUACUCGAGGUCUCCGGUGAAAGGAUUUGUGAUGGGAUCAAGCGUCGAAGGGGAAGGAAAGGUGAGCAAGCCUAUGGUGCAAGUAGGAGUGCAGCAUGUAACUUGUAUGGCUGAUGCUGCUCUGUUUGUAGCACUUUCUGCUGCCAUUGACCUUAGCAUGGAUGCUUGCAAACUCUUCUCACAUAAACUAAGGAAGGAGCUUUGCUAUGAUGAACAGAAUUUCUUGUCUUAGAAACUGGUUGGAUUAAUUUUUCUGUUAAGUGUGUAUUCUAUCUGCUGCUGUGACAACCGAUUAGUUUUUGCUAAUUUGAGGCAUUAUUGGUUUGAGCAGAAGAUAUGUAUAUUUUUCUCCACAUUCUUUCAUUCUGAUUAUUUUUUCUCACAAAUCUUGAAGAUUUUUCUCUCAAUAUUUUCUUCUUCCAUCUUCUAGUAGUUUUGGGGUUUGUAAACACAUUGUAUAAGGAACUUACAAAUCAUGGAACGACAAAUUCAUUCAAUUU